GGUUGGAGCAUGAUUUUGACAGGGUUCUGAUGCCGGAUGGCAAACUAACAGUGGAUGGAUUUGUGUGUGUUUUUGAUGUCAGUGAUGUAAAACAAAGACCAAUUGAAAGACAAGUGGAGUAUGUUGCACUUAUUCUUAACAGUCUCAUGAAAACCAAAAAGCCAGUCGUUUUGGCAACAACCAAGAAUGACGAAGUUCGCUCCCACAACAGCAAAGAGGCCGAGGCAUUAGUUGCUAGGAAGGAAUACAAAGGAUCAAUCCCAGUUAUAGAAACUUCUGCCCAUCAAAAUGUCAACGUCGAACUAGCCUUUACAACUGUAGCACACAUGAUCGACAAAACCAGAGCGCGACCCAAACAUGUGCCCUUCAGAGAGGCUGCAAAAGCCCGUAAAGAACUACUGGAUGUAGCCAAGAGUGCGUACUUAAAUUUACUAAGAUCUCAAGUCCUGGACUACAAAGCCUUUUGGGGUAACGCAAGCAAAAAGUUUCAGGAUAAUCCUGAUUUUAUUCGAUUUUUGGAAUUUUUUGGGUCAGACAGUGCAAAAACCAUUUUCAGGAGGCACACAAGACAAUUGAAGGAGCACUUGAUCAGGAAGAGGGAAGACACGUUCUUGAAACAGAUCCCAAAUCUGUUAAAGGAAUUUUUACCAGAUCUUACAACAAUAGGUGAUAGGCAAUGGGGCAGCUGCAGGAAUUUGAUCAAGCAGCACGGAAAUUUCAAUGACCAUUUUGUGAUGCUAGACCAAGAUGUGUCUUGGUCUGACACAGAAUACCUAGACAGCACAGACGAGCGUGUCCCCUUUACCUUGCUUAGUUUCCCAGAGGCUGAGACUAGCUUUAGAAACCAUGUCAAUACACUCCAGGCUGAAAGUAGAAGGCAGGAACUUCGAAAGCAAUUCAAGCACAUUCUAGAAGACAAUCCACAUGUUACACCAGGGAAAACAUUACAAGAAGUGUCAAUCUUUUUCCUCGGUCGUGAGAGUUACGACUCCUUAUCUGAGGCUGACAGGAAAGAAGUCUAUGACAGACAUCAGCAAGAAAUAAGUGAAGAUGCUAAAAAGGACUUUGUAGAACUUCUGUAUGAGCGUGCAGAAGUUUUUGCGAAAUAUGAUCCCAAUGAAACCAUUACCACUGAAGAUUUGCAGAGCAUUAUACAGGAACUGAAGGAAGAGCAAAG